GAUGGCUUGGUCGUUGAAUCAAGAUGGCUCGGUGUUCUACUUGUUUGACGGGCACUCAAGGUUGCCACAAUCGCACUUGGCCCCGCCCCCACCGACAGCUCCACCAUAAUCCCGCCACGCAAGAUCAUGACCUCGAACGUCAGUCUUGCGCCCGUACAAACGCAACUGGCUGCGGGGCCACAGUCGCACUUCAAUUCACCGCGCGGCAGCGGCACUACCAAUCGUCAAUCGCCCACUUUCCAAACGGUCGUGUUCUCGCGCAAAACCACCCAGCAUGGCCCGGAUGGUGAAAUCACAGACGCGUUCAAGCGAAAGCUGCGCGACCAAGAGCCAUCUGCCCAACCGCCGUCACCGCUCGCGAGUUUGGUCCACCAAACGGAUCGCCACGGCAAGCACAGUCCACACCCCCAACAACACACGUCGCACGACGCCCUUAAAGUCAAACCGACUACGUCGUCAUCUAUCGAUGCCCGAAAUUCGCAACAACCUGGCGGGAUUUCCAAGCUGUUUGCCAAUAUUUGCUCGUGUUUGGGCUUGGCGGAGCAGCAGCAACUUGCUCAGCAACACCAGCAGCAGCAACAGCAGCAGUUUCAAUAUCGCAAGCAACUCUCGAACCAUGAAAAAAUAGUCGAGACGCGCCAGAGCCAAGAAGUACGCAAGAUCAUGGGCACCAAGUUUCCUGGCGACGAAGGGAAGAAGUGCCUCGUGCUCGAUCUGGACGAGACCCUCGUGCACAGCUCCUUUAAGCCGAUUCUUAACCCCGACUACGUCAUCCCGGUUGAAAUCGAAGGACACGUCCAUCAAGUGUACGUGGCCAAACGACCAGGCGUCGACGAAUUCAUGCGGAAAAUGGCCGAGUUCUACGAGAUUGUCGUUUAUACGGCGAGCUUGAGCAAGUACGCCGAUCCGCUACUGGACCAGCUCGACACGCACAAGGUGAUACGGUUCCGCCUCUUUCGCGAACACUGCGUGCACUACGAAGGCAGCUACGUGAAAGAUUUGUCCUUGAUUGACCGCGACAUCACGCAAAGCAUCAUCAUCGACAACUCCCCCAUGAGCUACCUCUUCCAUCCCCGCAACGCCAUCGGGUGCUCGUCGUUCAUUGACGACAUGGACGAUCGCGAACUCGACUCGAUUACCAACUUCCUCACUGAAAUCCGCGCCGUCGACGACGUCCGCAACCAUUGCCACAAAUGGUCUCCCCAUAUGUAAACAUCCCUUCGGACAUGGCUGGACCAGCAAUACUCACAUCACACAAUACAAUCACAUGCCAAUAAAGGAACCAUAAUCAUAUCUAACAUGUUCCCCCACAUCUUCUUUAUGCA